AUGGAAACAUCCGAACCACGUGCCGGAAACCAGCUCACGCCGACGCCGGCGCGCCACUCCUUGUCGUUUGGCGCCGAGCUGCCGCCCAUAUCAUCGCGAGACCAGCUCGCCGAAAUGGCCGCGUCCACCCAAGGGCAUUUUGAGUCACUGGACCUUGCAGAAUAUGCUAAGAAGCAGCCAUGGUGGCGCAAGCUGUUCGGGCCAGAAACUGGGCCCUCAGCUGAAAAGUACAGCGUCGCAACACAGCUCUUGAUCGGAGGGGUCACUGGCUGGUGCACAGGUUUCAUCUUCCAGAAGGUUGGAAAGUUGGCUGCAACAGCUGUGGGAGGAGGAUUUUUUCUCCUUCAGAUUGCAAACCAUACUGGCUACAUCAAAAUUGACUGGCAACGAGUAGAGAAGGACAUGAAGAAGGCCAAGGAACAGCUGAAGAUCCGCAAGAGCAACCACUUACCCACAGAGGUGAAAAGCAAAGCUGAGGAGAUGGUGUCCUUUGUGAAGAAGAACGUUCUAGUGACUGGUGGAUUUUUCGGAGGUUUUCUGCUUGGCAUGGCAUCCUAA